UGGGCAGGCAAUCUUCCACAAAACAGGCCAGGUGGUGAGACUAGUCAGAGAUCCCGAAGCCACUGCACCAUGAGCGUCUCUGCAUUCAGCCCCGCCAGAUUCCCAGGCAGCAUCUCUGGAUUCCUCCAAGUGGUCUCCCUGCUCAGCCUGCUUCUGCUGCUGUUCAAAGCAGCCCACUUCUACCUGUGCAGACAAUGGCUGCUCAAAGCUUUCCAGCAGUUCCCGUGUGCACCCUCCCACUGGCUUUUAGGGCACAAGAUCCUGCCAGAAGACGAGCUGCAGCAGACGCUGAAAUGGGUAAAGGAAUUCCCAAGUGCCUAUCCUCGCUGGUUCUGGGGGAGUGAAGCUCACCUGAUCAUCUACGACCCUGACUACAUGAAAGUGAUUCUGGGGAGAUCAGAUCCAAAGGCCAUUUCUUUCUACAGAUUCCUGGCACCCUGGAUUGGGUAUGGUUUGCUCCUGUUGAAUGGACCAACAUGGUUCCAGCACAGGCGAAUGUUGACCCCAGCCUUCCACUAUGACAUCCUGAAGCCCUAUGUGGAAAUCAUGGCCAACUCUGUUCGAGUGAUGCUGGACAAAUGGGAAAAGCUCAUCAGUCAGGAUGCCUCUAUGGAGAUCUUUCAACCUGUUUCCUUGAUGACACUUGACUCGAUCAUGAAGUGUGCCUUCAGCUACCAGGGCAGUGUCCAGCUGGACUGGAAAUCCCGGCCCUACCUCCAAGCCAUUGAGGAGAUGAACAACAUGUUUUUUUCCCGUGUAAGGAAUAUGUUUCACCAGAAUGACACCAUCUACAGUUUGUCGUCAAAUGGCCAACGCUGCAAACGUGCCACUCAGAUUGCCCAUCACCACACAGACCAAAUAAUAAAGCAGAGGAAGGCUCAGCUGAAGGAUGACAAAGAGUUGGAGAACAUCAGAAAAAAGAGACACUUGGAUUUCCUGGACAUCCUCCUGUUUGCCAGAACAGAAAAUGGGAGCAGCUUAUCAGACGAGGACCUGCGUGCUGAGGUGGACACCUUCAUGUUUGAGGGCCAUGACACCACAGCCAGUGGUAUCUGCUGGACCUUGUAUGCUCUUGCUACACACCCCAGCCAUCAACAGAGGUGCAGGGAAGAGGUCCAGAACCUCCUGGGAGAUAAAGGCUCCAUUACUUGGGAACACCUUGACCAGAUGUCCUAUACCACCAUGUGCAUCAAGGAGGCCCUGAGGCUCUAUCCACCAGUUCCAUCAGUUGGCAGAGAGCUCAGCAAACCUGUUACCUUCCCUGAUGGAAAAUCUUUACCCAAAGGUAUUAACGUCAUACUCUCUUUUCAUGGCCUUCACCAUAACCCGAAGGUGUGGCCAAAUCCUGAGAUAUUUGACCCUUCCCGAUUUGCACCUGAUUCUUCCAGACACAGCCACUCAUUCCUGCCCUUCUCAGGAGGACCAAGGAACUGCAUUGGGAAACAAUUUGCCAUGAAUGAACUGAAGGUGGCUGUGGCCCAGACCCUGCUCCGUUUUGAGCUACUGCCAGACCCCACCAGGGUCCCCAUCCCCAUACCACAAAUUGUGUUGAAGUCCAAAAAUGGGAUCCACGUGUAUCUCAGGAAGCUCCACUAACCUUGAGUUCUGUUUGCCAUAUGAGAUAACAUAAUCCUGAGCUUCAAUGCUGAGGCAUUGGACAUCCUGGGAAAACAUUAUGCAGUCUGCCACUGUCCCUCCUGAACUGUCACUGGAUUUCGCCUGCAAGGCGUCUAUCUACCUGUAUUUCUCUCACUCGAGCUUCUCCAUCUCCUUCUUCCUUGCAAUAAGGUUCCUAAUGUCACAUGGAGUGUCUUGGCCUCUUGUAAGACUAUGGCAGGAAAAAAGAAAUUGAAGGAAAGGAGACAAGUCCCUUCUGAGGAAGAAGAAAAUGACAUGUGGCCUGUGGUGCCAGAACUUCUUCUUGACCUUAUGGAGCCCACCCUCUUUGAGUGGCCUCACACAUGUGACUCCUCAUGCUCCAUACCAAUCCAGCUGCUGAGGCUCCAGUAGCUGAGUUUAGACAAAGGUCUUUUCUCUGGGAUCUCAGAGAAACUCACAUCUGUCAAGGAAGGAGACAAAAGCCUCUAUUAUAUUCAAGGACUAACGUUACUUGCCCUAGACUUUUCAGAAGCUCCAGCUAAAACCCAUCUGAGCAGGAAAGCCUUCCAACCUGAUCUGGCAUGAGAGCCUCAGGACCUUGCUAUUCACAGAUCCAAUGAGAUGUGAGAAGAGAACCCGGCCUGGCCAUGUCACCAAGUCACCUGUCAGCCUCCUUCACAAAUAGGACCUUAAUACUCCUCAGGAGGCUCAGAGAAUGGAAAACUGUCAGUCAAGAGCUGGCAAAAAUCUCCUCAUCUGAUGGGAGGGGAUGUCAGAACCCAAGCAGCUCGUCCUGCCCCAUGAAGUCUCCCUGGCUGGCUACCCUGAAAGAUGAGGGGCAUCAACAACUCUGCCCACAGUUGGAGGCUUCCUGAUUCCUGGUACUUCUGACCCUGGUCCUGCUCCCUACUUGCAUCCCUCUAGGUACUACCACCAGAUUCCCUGGUCUUCUGUUCUUGCUUCUGUGAGUCUCCAUUAAAUAAGCCUCUGCUUGUUUUGCUGGUUCUGAGCACAGAUUCCCCAGUUGCCUCAAUAGCUGUAGAUGCUAUAGACAGAACUUCCUGCAGUCCUAUCUGAUGUCCCCAGCAUGUUAUGGUCUGUAUGUUCUCUCUAAGUUGAAACCUGCUGCCAAGACUUCUGUCCCAUCCUUCUGGCCUCCUAAGUCACUGGGCUCAUUUGGUCUUGCUCUGAAGAGGGGCAGGAGAGACCAGACUGGAUUCUAAACCAAGAGGAAAGGGAGAGUUGGGAAAAAGAGUUAUCUGGGAAUAUCACAAACAGCAUGUCCAGCAGCAGGCCCAGCAUCAGGAGGUGCAAAAAGUGGUGCAGGGCAUGUUCAGAGCACACAGGACAAUAGAAGCUCAGAAUUCUGGAUGACCAGCCAUGAACAUGUGGUGCAACUACAGGACUCCACAGGAUAGGGAAGUGUGACUCAAAAGUGACCUUGCUGCCUCCAAACAAUAGGCAAGACCCAGGUUGAGUUCCAUUCAUGUGCACAACCCCCUCAGACACAUGAAUAGACACAUAAGCCACUCUUGUGUACACCCUUUGCAGACAACACACUACCCACACACACAUGCACACACAUUCAUUUCUAGGGUCACAGGAGCCAGCAGUGUGUGUGUUUGAAGAUCUAGAGGGGUUAAAGAGAACUCAUCUGUGGCACCUAUCACUCACAGCCUCCAUCCUCUCUCCUCCAGGGAGCCUCUCUCCACUCUAAUACCAGACCUUUCAGCUCUAUUUUUCCAUCAGCAUCCAUCCUCAGGAGACUGUCAGUACUAACCUUGGAAUAGAGUCAGUUCAAGCUCCUCACAGAUGAGUUUCUCACAGGCUCCUUCUGUUAAUACUGAAAUAGGAUCACAGUCUACUCCCAUCAGGGGAUGUUGACCCUGCCCACACUUAAUGACUGCAUGGGUGCUGAAGGUCUGGAGAGACUUAAGAAAUGGAUACAGUUGUGCUCAGAUGCCAAUCCAGAGUAUAAGAUGGUUAUGACCUCAAGGCUUAACUCCCACCUAGGUCUAUAUCUUCUAUAAGGUGAUCACUGCUGGAGGCAUAGCUCCCAUUCCACAAAAUUGUGAUGAUUGUGAUGAUCGUCUUCACUUGUACAGAGAGCAGUCUAUUGAGAUACUGGAACACAGCAGGCUGUUGGUAACAUGAGGUGCAGAACAGACAGCCAAAAGUUAUACCCUGGCUAGGUCCUCUGAAUUAUACUCAGUUGGGCAAGGAGAUUUGGAUCUUCAGCAGAUAGCGUAUGGCAGGUCAGCCUGAGUGAAACUUUCUUCUGAGAGUGAAAAAAGCAGUAUCCUGGAGGAUUUAUCUGCCAUGGUGCACCCUCAGAGCACCAUCGAGACAUCACCAAGUUCCAAAAUUGGAAUUCUUCUCUCCUGUCCCUAACCCCAAUCCUGAGUCCUCUUCCUUCUAUAACUGUAAUUCCUGGACUGCAGGCUCUUAGUGGCCUUACACCUUGAACCCCAGAAGUGUAUGAGCUUACAACCAUCAUGCAGUUGCUGCAGGAGCUGCCAGAAAAGACCUCUAAGUCAUCACGUAACCCCAUGCCUGAGGCUUUCCUCAAAAAUUCUUUGUACCUUCCUACCUCACUCAUGACUCAACACCUGAUUCAAGGGACGUUUUCUUUCUCCAGGAAGUCCCCCUCUAAUGACAACUCUGCCAAACUUCCCUGGCCUAACUGUGAAUUCCCAGAGCAUUACAUGACUGAGACCUUAAUGCUGAGAAUGCACGAUGCCACAGAGAAUCACUCAGCCAAGGAAGAAACCCCACAAAACCAUCCUGAAUAUUCUUUGACUUUGGCAAUGGGAAUUUGCUUUAGAAUUACUCAUUAUUUUGUAUAGUUUUGAUUUAGAUAAUUUUUCUUCAUUUUAAUUAUAUUAUACAUACACAAUUAAACGUAAAAACACAUCUCCAUGAGGGACAAUUCCCUGAGCCACCCCACAAUCACAUGCUACCAGGUCAUAAUCAUGAAUCCACAGCAAAGCUUCUACUGUAUUCACUAUGUCACUAAGGCUGCAAAGCACAUUUCUCCUACAUUUUAGAAAGACUGUUAAUUAUAGGAGAUAAAUGACACUUCUUGA